AUGACGCGCUGGCCUGUAUCCCACUCCAAGCAUCUGGUGCCACCUAAGUCUGAGGUCAUAGCUCGGUCAGGCACCAACGUCGACUACCAGAUAUUUAUUGCUCACGAUCCCAUUGGUCCUCGUCCCAAUCAAACACCGAUUCGCAGGCCACGCCAGCAAAAGUGCAAGCAAAAGCACCACAAAGUCGCAUCUGCUCUGAUUUACCUUCGCGCGAACGAAUGCGCGGUGAUUCCAGAGUCAACGUCACCGACGAGCGAGGACGUCAAGCACCAGUCAGAUGUGACUUCGGCCGGAUUUUUUUCUUCUGGGAAGAAAAAGAUUCCAACCAGCUGUUCCAAGCCACCAUAUCUUGGCAAAUGUCAACGGACCAAUCGCGGUUGGUAUUUUGACCCUACAGUAGGCUGGUGCAAGAUGUUUAACUACGGCAUUUGUGGUGGUGGCUUGAACAACUUUCAGUCCGAAACACAGUGCCUGCAAUACUGCCGGCAAAAACGGCACCCUAAGAUCGUCUGCAGCCUACCACCUAAAAUUAGGCAAUGCUGGGGCAGCACGCGGCAAUGGUACUUCGAUCCCUCGGCCAACUCUUGUAAAAUGUUCCAAAGCAAGCUUUGUGCUGACAACGCUAACGGCUUCUCAACUUGCGCAAAAUGCUUGUACAGAUGCAGCAGUACCAAACCGGAGACCGCCUGCCCAAGAUCAAUGCAAGGCCAGAACACUUUCAGGAUUCCGGGUCAGCAAAGCCCACUGUAUACCCCAAUACAGAACACGCAACCAACUUGGCCCACACAACCGGGACGCCGAGAAGCCACUGGCUGGUUACCCAUUCAGCAAAACUCGCAGGAACCCCGAAUUCCGGCUACGCCACAAAUUUGGCCUCCUCCCCAAAGGCACUCAGAAAACAAUAACUGGUCGCCAGGUUGGCAAAACCCACAGCCAACCGGAAUGCCAAAUUCGCAACCAAUGUGGCCCCCUCAUCAAGGACGCUCAGAAAACAUGAGCAUGUUCCCGGGUGGGCGAAACGCACAGGAAACCGGAGAUAAGAAUCGACAACCAAGUUUACCCCCUUCCCAAGGACUCCCUCAAACCUAUAACACAAGCAUGUACGCCUUUCUUAAUUAAAAAGAAUGUCCUCUCUGUAUUCCAUAACAAUUUUUUAACGUCCAAAGCUCUGAAAUAUUGCGCUCAAGAAAAACACUAUUAUCUGUUCAAGGUCAUGUAGAAAAUAUAACGGCAGUUUCACUGCUACAAGCAACGUAUAUUGCAAUAACGUUAUUUUUGCAUCUGCUA